AUGGGAAAACGGCGCGGCACUGGACAAGCGCCCAAGCAGGCGCACGGCCGUAUGCACCAAGGGCCGCUGCGGCGCGGACGGAUUGCGUGUGCCAAACAGUCGAAUGCAGACAUGCUCCAGCUGAGCGCGGCGGAAGGCGGGGACGAUUCGUGGAACGACAAUGCAAAAGGCCCCAUGCGCGACGCACAACGUCGCUUGGCGCAGCUCACAGAGCGCGACAACAGCAUGAAAACGUACAUGAAAGAGAUGCGCAAGGUGCUGGAGAAUGCGGACGUGAUUCUCGAGGUGUUGGACGUGCGUGACCCGCUGGGGUGUCGUGCAUACGCUGUGGAGCGCGAGGCGGCAGCGCUUGGGAAACGCAUUGUGCUGAUCCUGAACAAGAUCGAUUUGGUGCCGCAGUCCAACACACGCGCGUGGCUCGAGUAUUUGCGCGACGAUUUUCCCACGCUGCCGUUCAAGGCUUCCACACAGCAGCAGCGCAACAACCUCGGCCAAGGCCCUUCGCUGCACUGGAAACAAAAUACCACCAAGCACGACGCACAACUCGGGGGCGGUGCUGAGGCAGCAGGCACGCGUGCACUGCUCCAACUUAUCAAAAACUACUCGCGCAACUUAAACUUGAAGUCGAGCAUCACGGUAGGGAUUAUCGGCGCGCCCAAUGUGGGGAAAAGCAGCUUGAUUAAUUCGCUGAAGCGGUCGCGCGUGUGUGGCGUUGCUGCUACGCCGGGCCAUACCAAAGUCAUGCAAGGCAUCAUGUUGGAUCGCCAGGUACGGCUGCUCGAUUCGCCGGGCAUCGUGUUUACCGAUUCGAAUGCGCCGCUUGGCGCCACACAGGAAGAGGCAGUUGCUGCUGCCGAGGCGGCAAUGCUGCGGAAUGUGCUCAAGGUAGAACUUGUCGACGAUCCCAUCGAACCCGUGCAAACGAUUGUGAACCGCGUCGGGGUAAAGUACUUGUGCAGCGUGUAUGGCAUUCCGGAAUUCGGCGGCCACGACGCGCACGACUUUUUGCUUCGCGUAGCGUACCAAAAAGGGCGCUUGGGGCGCGGUGCAUUGCCAGACGUGGAUGCGACUGCACGCUCUGUGCUCCACGAAUGGAAUACAGGCAAAAUUCGAUACCACACCGACCCGCCCAAGCGGCGCUUGGCCCAGGGCGCUUUGCGGACCGCGGAUGGGCAAGGUCUGCCGUCCGAGGGCGGCGAUGCGGUGCUUUCUACAUUUAGCAAAGCGUUUGACCUUGCUGCUCUUUUGGGCUCGGCAGAUGCCGAAGCGUUCGGCGGCGACGGUGCGUAUGAAGCGACCGCAGCUGUGCCUGGACUGGAGGAGGAAGCGCCGGCCGAUGCAACGAGCUCGACAUUAGGAAAGCACGAUCGUGCGCUGGAUUCGAGCGAUGACGAGCAUGAAUGGCCGCCUCACUUCCCAGCCCGACCCAAUGCGUUCGAGGCACUGGCACACGACGCCGAGAGCGAGGCGGACGUGGUGUCUGUGCCGAAACGAAGCAAGGAAAAGCCAAUGUUUACGCCUGCAGAGCAAGAAUAUAUGGCCGUGCCGCGCGGUGCACAGCGCCGGAAAGCGCGCAAAGAGAAGAAACGCAGCACCAUAGGACUUGCGACGAGCAUGGAUGCGCUCAUGGACCUGGACGAUCGGAGCGUAUCAGAGGAAGAACUGUAG